GUCGAAUCGUCGAAUAUACAUAUGUGUCGUUAACAUAUCACAUUAAUUUAUAAACCGACUAAAAUACAUUUGUGAAAUCCAAAAUGGAAAAAGAAAAGCCACAAAAAAUGCCUAAAGUGGCAAAGGUCAAAAACAAAGCACCUGCUGAGAUACAAAUUACUGCGGAACAACUUUUGCGUGAAGCUAAAGAACGUGAUUUAGAAAUUUUGCCACCUCCUCCUAAGCAAAAGAUCUCAGAUCCACAUGAGUUAGCAGAUUACCAACAUCGUAAAAGAAAAACUUUUGAAGAUGCCAUUAGAAAGAACCGAAUGUCUAUUGCAAACUGGAUAAAAUAUGCUCGUUGGGAGGAAAGUCAAAAGCAAAUUGAAAGAGCUAGGUCAAUUUAUGAAAGAGCUUUGGAUGUAGAUCAUAGAAAUAUAGUAUUAUGGCUGAAAUAUACAGAAAUGGAAAUGAGGAAUCGACAAGUCAAUCACGCCAGAAAUUUAUGGGACAGAGCUGUUACCAUCCUACCUAGAGUCAAUCAGUUUUGGUACAAAUAUACUUACAUGGAAGAAAUGUUAGAAAAUAUAGCAGGGGCAAGACAAGUGUUUGAAAGAUGGAUGGAAUGGGAGCCGCAUGAGCAGGCAUGGCAAACAUACAUCAACUUUGAACUUAGAUAUAAGGAACUAGAUAGAGCUAGGAAAAUAUAUGAGCGCUUUGUAAUAGUUCAUCCCGAGGUUAUGCAUUGGAUAAAAUAUGCUAAAUUUGAAGAGAAUCAUGGCUUUAUUAACAGUUCACGCAACGUAUAUGAAAGAGCAGUGACAUUUUUUGGGGAUGAAGAAAUCAGCGAUAAAUUAAUUAUUGCAUUUGCAAAGUUUGAAGAGGGACAGCGUGAGCAUGAUAGAGCUAGAGUUAUUUAUAAAUAUGCUUUGGAUCAUAUUCCUAAAGAAAAAGCUAUUGAAAUAUAUAAAGCUUACACAGUGCACGAAAAAAAAUACGGUGAUAAAUCUGGUAUAGAGGAUGUAAUAGUUAGUAAAAGAAAAUAUCAAUAUGAGGAAGAAAUAAAUGAAAAUCCAUCCAAUUAUGAUGCAUGGUUUGAUUAUCUUAAAUUAGUAGAGUCUGAAGGGAAUGUCAAUGUAACAAGAGAAAUUUACGAAAGAGCUAUAGCCAAUGUACCUCCAACAAAAGAAAAAGAGUAUUGGAGAAGAUAUAUUUAUCUUUGGAUUUACUAUGCAUUAUUUGAAGAAUUGGAGGCAAGAGAUAUAGAAAAAUGUCGUCAAGUAUACAAAAUGUGUUUAGAAUUGAUACCUCAUAAAGUUUUCACUUUUUCCAAAAUAUGGUUGUAUUAUGCCCAAUUUGAAAUCAGACAGAAGAAUCUAUGUACUGCUAGAAAAACACUGGGUAUGGCAUUAGGGAUUUGUGCAAGAGAUAAACUGUAUCGCGGUUACAUAGAACUGGAACUACAACUUUGUGAAUUUGAUAGGUGUAGAAAAUUAUAUGAAAAGUUUCUUACAUUCGGUCCGGAAAACUGUACAACCUGGAUGAAAUUUGCAGAAUUGGAAGUUUAUUUAGGAGACAUAGACAGAGCUAGAGCAUUGUAUGAAUUAGCAGUAAAUCAACCAAGACUUGAUAUGCCAGAAGUAAUCUGGAAGGCUUAUAUUGACUUUGAAAUAUUACAAGAAGAACCUGAGAGAGCACGGCAAUUGUACGAACGUUUACUUGAAAGAACGUUACACGUUAAGGUCUGGAUAGCGUAUGCUAGAUUUGAAAUGAAUAACACUGUCGCAGAAGAGGGUCUUAAUAGUGUAGACUUGGCUAGAAGAAUAUACGAGAGAGGAAAUGAUUCACUGAAAUCGUGCGGAGAUACCGACAGUCGAGCUUUAUUGUUGGAAGCUUGGCGAACUUUUGAAAACGAAUAUGGAGACGAUGACAAUCGCGCUAAGAUUGCAGCUAAAAUACCGCGAAGGGUUAAACAAAGAAGGAGAGUCAUGGCAGAAGAUGGGACUGAUGAUGGAUGGGAAGAAGUGUUUGAGUAUAUAUUCCCAGAAGAUGAACAGAAGCGUCCAAACCUUAAGAUUUUGGCUGCUGCUCUAGCUUGGAAGAAAGAACAAGAGACUCAAAGUGGAGGAGAAUAACAAGAGUAGUAAUAGAUCAUAAUAGAUCUAGCUAAAAAAAUUAAUCCACGUUCAAGAUGGCUUGAAAAACAUCUUGAAAAUUUUAAAUGAUAUCUGCUUGAAUAAGAUUUGUAAAUUAGACUUGUACAUAUUUUUUGAUUAGAAAUUUAAGUGACAUAAAAAAAUAAUUUUAUUUAGUUUGAAACUUCAUUAAUUUUUUAAAGACACAAUUUGUUUAAUC